AUGCAGGGUGGCGCAAACGACUCCCGGCAGAGCUUGACGCCUGGCGCCUGCAACGGCCUUGCACAUGUUGCAGUCGGCGCAGACAGGCGCGAGUUGCUUGGGCUGGGACCACUUGUCUCAUCAAUUUUUAGCAGCAGCCGCAGCCCGCACUGCAUCCAUGUGCAUGUCUUCCGCGAGGGGGAGUCCAGCCCGCAAAGCAAGGAGGCAAUCCGAAGGAUUGGCAGGGGCUCUAUCACGGUGCGCGCCCUCGAUAGUGAACGCUUUCUGCUGCUCCGCAAUCUGAGCAGUUCGAGUGCGCUCAACCUCGCGCGGUUCUACCUCCCCGAGCUCCUCCCGGAGACAGCCGCCUCGGUCCUUUGGGUCGACGCUGACAUUAUUGUUCGCUCGGACGUGCACAGCCUCCUCGCGGGCCUCUUCACCGGCGCCAACCGCUUGAGCCCGCUCGCUGCAGUAGCCCGAGACCAGGAUCUGGUCACCCACUACCGCGGUGGGCUGGAGCGAGGGCUGCGCCGGCUGCGCAGCCCGGCGGAGCUCGCACUCGACGAGGCGUGGGGCUACGACAUGAGUGCCAUCCUGCGAGGCGAUGCCUUCAACGCCGGCGUCACCGCCUUCAACCUGCGGCAGUGGCGUGCGGAGAAGCUGACACAGCGGGUUGAGGCGCUGGUGCCGGCGCUGCAGCGCCUAGAACUCGCCUCGUACAGGGGCAUUUCGCUCCCGGGCGGCAAGAGUGCCGCGCCGAGCAGUCAGGUGCCUUUGCAGCUUCUCUUUGGGCGCGACUUUCAGCGGCUCGACGCGUGCUGGAAUGUGGGCGGGCUAGGUACGAGCUGGGAGGCGGAGGAGCUGCUGCCAGUGCGGGUUUGGGCGACGCAGCUUCACGCCUGGUGGACGGGUAGGCUCGCCUCGGGCUGUGCCCUCCACUGGACGGGCGGUGACAAACCGUGGAGUGGGCACAACGCCUUCGCGCGGCGGUGGUACACGCCGGCUGCCAAGGCGGCGGCCCGCGAAGGCUACGACGAGAUCUUCCCCCCCAGCGACGCGCACUGGAGCGACCGGGACGACCCAGAACUUCUCGCUCGGAUUGGGAUAUUGGCAGCUCUCGUGGUGGUAGUCACGUGUGGCGCUUUUUUUUGCCGGUGGGCGGCAGGUGGGUGCAGCCGCAGCUUUGGCUAUCCGUGGCGACGGUUGGCCGCACGAGAGUCCCAGGUUGACGAGCGCGAGUCGAAGGGCGAGCCGUGA